AUGCAGAAGAAUGAACAAAUAAAACAUCAACAACCACCAUUCGAAUCAUCAUCGAACAUCAACAUCAUCCAUGUCCAUCACAAAUCACCAAUUGAUACAAUUAAUAAUUUAAUAGUCUUAGCAAAUCAAACGCAUCAUUAUGUUGUUGAUACAGAAUCUGAACGUAAAAAAUUACGAAAUGAUGCUCUAAUACAAAUCCAAUUUAUACACACAAUUAAUGAAUCAACAAUAAUAUUAAUUGAAACGAUGCAUUUACCUGAUUUACAUACUGAAUUAUACAAAAAAAUUAAAGACCUAUGGUGCAUCAUCUUCAAUAACAACAACAUCAUCAUCACAUGGGGCGAUUUGGACAAUGAAUUUAGGAAUUUUUAUCACCUCGAUAUCAUCUUUUUAGGUAAUUCAUUUCGUCAUCUAAAUUUACAAUAUUUGUUUAGAGGAUGGCAUAAUGAUCGAUGUCGAACGCAUCCCGAAAAGGGAAAGCGUGAUAAAAAACCAGGUCCAAUAUCGACUAUGUUAAUCGAUAUGCCUGGUGAUGAUGAUUUUAAUGAUAUCAAUGAUGGACAAUCAAAAAAUUAUGUACAAUAUAAAUGUGAUCAUCCAAGCCAUUAUGAUUAUAAUAGUACAUGGUCCUUACAAGAUUCGAUAGCAAUUACAUUUGAAAAAUUUCUGGAUAAAUCACAAACAAUUAAUUAUUGGCAAUGUGGUAUCGAUCUAGCACUGGACACAUGGAAGAAAAAAACAUUCAGUCGCAAACAAUACAACAAGCAUAUUGAACAACAAGAACGAUUAAACAUGAAGCAAUAUGCUGUUGAUGACUGUCUCGCUGUGGCUGAAUUAUACUUCCAUAUGUAUCCAGAAACAAUAAACAACAAUCAACUACUUCACGAAGUACCACAGCAAACAACAACAACACAUACAACAACAGCAACAGCAGAAACAACAAUUAUGUCAAUUAAUUUUGAAGAUGAAUUAUCAAUCAUUAGUGAGGAUGAAUUAUUGGAAAUAAUUAAACCAAAAUUCGAUAACAAACAAGCAAUUGUCCAUCAUACAUACCAUCAAGAUGAUGAAUUAAUUAUAGCACCAAUGCAACAUGAAAUUAAUGAAUUAAUUCAAAACCAACAACCACCAUCAAAUACACUAACAACUUCAACAUCAACAAUAACAAAAACUGAACGACAACGACGAAAAAAUCAAAAGCUUAAAUGGAAGCAAAAACAUAGACCAGAUUUUCAAAGAAAGAUCAAAAGACCGAUUUAUUAUCGUUACGAUUACACAAAAAUCCGGUCUCAAUUAGCCGAUGAUGAUAUACAUACAAGUCACCAGAUAACAAUAAGCAAGAACAAAGGUGAAGUUUUGAUCGGAUUCAAAUCCAAAGAAGAAGAAGAAAAAGCAAGAAAGAAGAUGAAAAUUAAUUAUUUUUCACGUGAACAAUAUAAACAACGUUGGGGGUAA